AUGAUGCAGAUGUCGGUGAGACGUUUUUCGUUAAGGAGCGUGGUGCAAAGAUCGCUGGCGGGAAGAGGUGAACCAGUUCAGAAUGAUUCUUCUAGUUCAAGUUCAGCAACAGAAUCAGAUUGGGGGCCAUCGGAUGAUACAAAGACAGAGUUGGAUAGUGAGAGUGUGACGUUAUCACUUGAAAACAAUGGUCAGUCAGAAGCAAUAGAGUCAAGGCAUACUUCUCCAGAGCAAAGAGAACUUGUGAACCAAGCGACAAAUCCAAUGUUGACGAUGAUGCAUGAUAUGCUCACUUACUUGAAGGACGAAAGGCAAGCAGCAACAAAUGGUACAUCAGGAAGCUCGACAUCUCCAGACUUCCUGAAGAUCGUAACGAUGAUGAAAAAUCUUGGAUCAACACAUUAUGGUGGAGGAACAAAUCCAUUUGAUGCUGAUAGUUGGUUGCAAAACCUGGAGAAAAACUUUGCAGCCACUCGAUGUCCUGAAGAUUACAAAAAGGAUGUCUCAGUAUACUAUUUAGAGAAGGAUGCUGCAAGUUGGUGGUCAACUAUUGAACACUACUACAACAAUCCAGAAGCGACAUGGCAAGAGUUUCGUAAGGAGUUUACAAGAAAAUAUUUCCCACCGGAGACAAGAGAUAGAUUGGAGGCUCAGUUCUUGAGGUUAGAACAAGGGAAGAGAAGCGUCAGAAACUACAAGGUAGAAUUCACAAGACUAAGGAGAUACGUCAAAUAUGGCCAAGACGAUGAAGCUGCGAUAACAAGGAGGUUCAUGCAUGGGUUAAGACCAGAAAUUCAGAGUCGACUUCAAGUGGUAGAAUACAUAUCUUAUCUUGAGUUGGUGGGGAGAGCCGUAAAUGUAGAAGCAGCCGUCAUUGCAGAAGAAGAAGUGAAAUCACAAAACCGCAAGAGAAGAUAUGAUGGAGAUACGCAAGGAGAACCGAAUAAUCAAGAAAAGAGAAGAGAAAAUAGAGACGGACAGAUGAGUGCUCCUUCAGGAUCAGCUACAAAAUGUUACACAUGUGGAGAAGCCGGCCACAUUGCGCGACAAUGCCCAAGUAGGCACCAAUACCGUCAACAAGUUCCUCCUCAUAUAAUUUGUCAUUCAUGUGGAGAAAAAGGUCACUAUUCGAACUUCUGUCGAAAGUUGGAACUCAACCAAAUCUUAGCACUUGACGACCCUCCUCCGCGACCUGCACCAGUACGCCCAGUGAUCGAAGAACCAGCGCCAGCUCCAGUACGGCUGCCAGGACAAGGAUUCCCUAGCUAUAUAAGUUAG